CCUAAUCAAAGGUCAACAGGAUGAUAUAAAAAACAGCAGCGAAAACAUAGAAGAUCUGAGAAAAGUCUCGUACAUUCCACAAGUGGAUUUGGGGGCGGACUUGGGAUAUCCGCGAACUGUGUGUACCAGCAAAGAAUGUAUCGAUGUCUUGACUAUUAAAGAAAGCACACUGUGUCACUACAAGACACAUUGUCAUCCACGCUGUUUUUUAAAUGGUAUUACAUGCAAUGUGGUAAACCAUGAAGCCUUGAGACAUUGCGCAGCCAUGGGACAAAAUGGAAUCUGUCAAAAUUGUGGAUGCCUCUGGAACACCCACAUGCACAUACGAUAUGAAAAUGUAAACAAAGACGUGGACACAAACAUCAAGAUAUCGCUUAAAGAUGCGCUGAUGGAGAACAUACAAGAGAGAACGGAGAAACUAAGAAAUGAACAGCAGGUGAUAAACAGUAUUAACAUUCAAUUUGCAAAAUUUUUAAGACAAAGCGCAAUAGCUCCAUUCAAUGAUGCAUAUGCCGACUACUUGGAUCUUUUUAUAAACGAAGAGAAAGUCAAAAAGAGUGCUGAUCCCUUUAAUUACGAUAAUGAGAUUCUCGAAGGGCUCGAAGAGACAAAGAGAGUGUACCUAACGGAGAUAGAAAGUAUUAAAGAAGCAUUAAAGAAUGGUGAUUCUUCUGAACAACCGAUCUCGCCAGAUGACAUAGAAAAGCUUGAACAACAAUUGUAUUCUCUAGAACUCAAUGGUAAAAUCCUGAAAAGAAUAAAAGACGUAAUAGUAAGCAGUCAAGCUUCCGCACACUCAGCUGAAAGAAAUGAUAGGAAAAGUAAGUCCUCUGAAAAGCCUGUAUACUAUCUGGACCAAAAAUUUCACGGGAUUUUUGAGGUGCCAUGGAAGAAGAUUCAAAAUGUAUGGUCUUCAUUUUGGUAA